GCUUCAGCUACAGCUGUUCGGCAAAAUUAACAUCAAGUUUCAAUACAAUGUAUUAUUAUUAAUGCAAUUUUUUUUGUUGUCAUGCAUUUAAAAACAAUUCGUAGAAAAUUUUAAACUUCAAUCAUUAUAAUCGGCUUACAUAUAAUAUGCGGAUUUGGACGACAUCGUUGAUAAGAAGAUUAUUACGACCAAGAGGCAAGCGGUUUAUAAACAGUAUGAAUACUAAACGAAUUGCUGUUUGUCAAAUGACCUCUGUAGCAGAUAAGAUGCAGAACUUAGAAGUAGUAAGCAAUUUCGUCAGUGAAGCUACUAAGGAGAAUGUACAGAUGAUUUUCUUUCCAGAAGCAUGUGAUUUUCUCUGUGAUAACAGAAAAGACACAAUAAACUCGGCGGAACCUAUACUAACUGGUAACACAGUCAGGAAGUAUAGAGAUCUGGCUAUAAAGCAUAAUGUCUGGCUGUCAAUGGGUGGAGUUCAUGAAAAGGAUGAAAACAAUGCAUCGAAAAUGUUCAAUACGCAUAUAAUAAUAGACAACAAAGGUGAAAUAGUACAGACAUAUAGAAAACUGCAUUUAUUUGACGUGGAGAUACCAGAGAAGAAUGUGCGACUGAAAGAGAGCGACUUCUGUACGCCUGGGAGUCACGUUGUUACGCCGGUUGUAUCGCCUGUGGGGAAAAUUGGCUUAGCGAUAUGCUACGAUAUGCGAUUCCCGGAGUUGAGUACCGCGCUGGGUUUGUUCAAAGUCGACAUACUCACAUAUCCCUCUGCUUUCACAUACACUACUGGGAUGGCACAUUGGCAUAUAUUACUAAGGGCUCGUGCAAUUGAGAACCAAUGUUACGUAAUAGCCGCCGCCCAAACUGGACAGCAUAAUGCCAAACGUCGCUCGUACGGGCACGCGCUGUGUGUGAACCCCUGGGGCGAAGUCCUAGCUGACUGCGGCGAGGAGCCUGGCUUCCGGGUGGUGGAUAUCGGAGAUGCUGAAGACGUUAGAAAGAAUAUGCCGGUGUUUCAGCACAGGAGGCCGGAUGUCUACUCGCUAUAUGCUCUGAGUCUUCGCAAAAACCUGUUGCCAGAACAUUCGGAGGUUUCCACCUCGAGCGAGAAUCAAACUGCACUACCCUCAGAUGUCGGACCGACGUAUGUGUUCGGUCAUGUCCGAGUCCCUGAAUCGUGUGUCUUCUAUAAGUCUGACUUGACUUAUGCUUUUGUUAAUUUAAGAUGUGUCAUACCCGGACACGUGUUGAUUGCGCCGCUACGAUUGGUUGAGAGGAAUAAAGACUUAAGUGACGAAGAAGCAAAUGAUUUCUACAGGACGAUACGAUUGGUGCAAAAGUUGAUGGAGAGAGUACAGGAAACUGAUUCUUGCACCGUGACUAUACAGGACGGACCCGACGCAGGUCAGACGGUCAAGCAUUUACACUGUCAUAUAAUGCCGAGGAAAAAAGGGGACUUCAUAGAAAACGAUCAUAUUUAUUUGGAACUUGCAAAACACGACCAGUUCACCGCAAAACAUCCAGGGAAACCGGCUAGAACAUUAGAAGAAAUGCAACGAGAAGCCAAGAUGUUAAGAGAAGAGUUGAAGAAGAUGGAGGAAGAGGAGAGAUGAGAAUAGAAAAAUAAGAAUACUUCAAAUUUAACUAUUGUAUAUAUUUUGAUAAGGUUAACCUGUUUUGUUGGAUUUUUAGGUUAUAAUUUUUAAGCUUGUUAGUAUGGUAUAUUAACAAUAAAUAAAUAAAUCGUCUUAAAGCGAAAUGAA